CACUGCGCGCUUCAAAUCUCUGCCACGGUUCACACGAAACACAGCGAAAUAUCUUUUGGCGCUUCAUGUUUGCAGUUUCAAAACUAAAACAGCACAAACACGUGAGCUGUCAAGAAGAUGGAGCGCGCUGGGAGUCUCCAACCACUCUAAACCGCCAGACAACAACAAAACAAAUCCUUCCUUAUCCGAAGGCAGAGCCAUGCUUCCUCAGGAUGUCGGGAAACAGAAGCCACGUCGUGUGUCAGAGCCGGUGUGUGGGGUAGACAGUCCCCCGGCCCCAAUUCGGCGCCUGAAGAACCGGGAUUUCCCCCUGAGCGUGAAGCGCCGUCGGUCCGGCUCCGCACCUGAGCGCAAGGUAAACUGCGUCCUGGUUGGAGACGGAGCGGUGGGCAAGACCAGCCUCAUCGUCAGCUACACCACCAACGGAUACCCGACAGAAUAUGUUCCAACAGCGUUUGACAACUUCACCGUGAUGGUUGUGGUUGACGGGAAACCAGUGAGACUGCAGCUUUGUGACACGGCUGGACAGAAAUGGGGGCUGGUUGACGGAUCAAUCAAUGACGAGCUGGAGCGCCUCCGCCCUCUGUGCUACAAGAACGCCGAUGUCUUCCUCCUCUGCUACAGCAUUGUGCGUCCCUGCUCUUUCCGCAACCUGAUCAACAAGUGGGUUCCGGAGAUCCGUCAGCACUGUCCCGGCACACCCCUUGUUCUUGUUGGCACCCAGCUGGACCUGAGGGAGGACGUCCAGGUGCUGAUUCACCUGGCACAGAACCACGAGCAGCCGGUGUGCACCGAGGAGGGCCAGCAGCUCGCUCAGGAGCUCGGGGUGGUGAGCUUUGCCGAGUGCUCGGCACUGACCCAGAAGAACCUGAAGGAUGCUUUUGAUUCAGCUAUCUUGGCCAGCAUCCAGCAGACAGACAGUUGUGGUGUCCAGCAGCAGAGGCUGACUCUGAGGAGGAAGACCCCUGAUAAGAUCAAGAGCCUCUCGGAGACCUGGUGGAGGAAGAUCAACUGUCUGAUGGGAGAGCAGAGCUGUGACUUCAAGUGAACAGCUGCAUAGUUACAAACCUGGGUCAGAUCACGUUUGCAGAUACUUGUUAGAUCUGGUUUGUUUCAGCCUGCUGGCAGAAGGUGCCAGAUGGGUGGGGAUUAUCACCACUAGGUGACUCACAAGGUGCCAGUUCAAAUCCUCACACUGGCAGGGAAAGGACUGAUGGAGGAGAACUACAGAGCCUGUGCAAACAGCUGUAAAAUGUCUUCUGAGGCUUCACAGAAGCUUUUGAAAGACUAGCAGCUGCUCACUUGUGCAAGACUUUAAAUGCGCAGCAGAAAGUCUUGGUUACAAACUAGGAGUAUAGAGCAGGGAGGGUCUGAGGAGAGAUACUACUGCGCUGCAUUUUAGGUGUAGCAUCCAGAGAUUUUUUAGCCUAACUGAUGAGAAAAAAGUCAGGAUGUCUCACCCUCUAUGGCUUUGAUAUUUAGUAUGCUCUUUUUCUAUACCAAGUCCUUGAACUUUGAAGUCCAGUGUAGGAUUUAGGGGGAUAUAUUGGCAGAAAUAGAAUUUAAUAUAACAAGUAUGUUUUCUUUAGUGUUUAAUCACCUGAAAAUAAGAAUUGUUGUGUUUUCAUCAUUAGAAUGAGCUGUAGCCUCAUCUACAGAGAUUGCAAUGUUGCAUCACAAUGUUUCUACAGUAGCCCAGCAUGGACAAACCAAACACUGGCUCCAAAUAGGACCAUUCACGUUUUAGCAUCUAUGACUAGAGUGUCGGGAAACAACAGUUCUUUUAAAUGUAAAACUGGUGGUGGUGCAGUGGUUAGCAUUGUCGCCUCACAGCAAGAGGGUCCCUGGCUCAAACCUGGGGCAGGGGAGGCCUUCUGUGCAGAGACUCCAUGUUCUCCUCGGGUUAGCGUGUGUUUCCUCCAGGUGCUCCAGCUUCCUCCCACCGUCCAAAGACAUGCAGGUUAAUUGGUGACUCUAAAUUGUCCGUAGGUGUGAAUGUGAGUGUGAAUGGUUGUCUGUCUCUAUGUGUCAGCCCCGUGGUAGUCUGGCGACCUGUCCAGGGUGAACCCUGCCUCUCGCCCAGUGUCAGCUGGGAUAGGCUCCGGCCUUUUUACUGGUCACCUGGUCCGUUUGUGGAGAGGAGGAGACCUUGGUGGAUAAUUUGGCUCCUCCUGAAUGUCUAGAAGUUAUCAGAGAAAAAAUGUGAGCAGGUGCUAGGCUAUCGACCCGGCCCAAACAGUGUCAGAUAAACACUGACUUUUAACAUGAAACUGCUUUAUUCAGUGUUUUUACUGAUGUAAAUUUGCUCAUGUGCUUAACCCCACCCGUCUGAGGCUCACAGGAGGUGAAAACAAACCCCACAAAUGUUAUCAGACCCAGGUUUGGUUUGAAGCAAUGAGUCUGAUUGUCCAACAUGCUGAUGGAGAUCUCAACUUUUGUUCUGUUUCUCUUUUUCUGACUCAUUGUGUUGUCACGUUACACCCCAACAUUACUUGUUCUUUGUUUUACUGUUAGUUUGUAGCUUAUUUAUUAUUUCUGUAUUUAU